UUAAAAUCCAUUGACCUGGGCGAAAUUCAUCUAUUUGGUUAUCAUGUGUAACAAUACGUUAAGCAAAGCUGAACACCUAGCUGUUCGGAAUGAACAACACACACAUUUGCAAAGAUUUCGUGUGUAGAAAUAUUCAGUACUUUGAAGCAUUUGCAAGUUGUUAUAUUAUAUUUGCAAUUUGUGUUCUAAUUUGGUUGGUGUUCUCAGCUCGAAGGAAGAGAAAUGAAGCACUCCUCAAAAUUGAGAAGAAAGUCGACACUCUCACAAAGAACGUUCAGCAGUUAAAUACAACCCACACCGACAAUUUCCAACAACUCAACAGCAAAUUUGAUAAGCUACACACCACUCUAAUCUCCAAUUCCGAACAACUCAACAGCAAAUUUGAUCAGCUGCACACCACUCUAAUCUCCAAUUCCGAACAACUCAACAGCAAAUUUGAUCAGCUGCACACCACUCUAAUCUCCAAUUCCGAACAACUCAACAGCAAAUUUGAUCAGCUGCACACCACUCUGCACGCGCUUCGAAAAUGUUGACAUUGCUCGCUCCAAUGUUAAUGAAUCUCCUGCACCCCAACAGUCAUGUAGGAUUGCUUAAAAUUAGAGUGCGUGAAAUCAAAGUUUAGUCUUCAAAAUAGGUUGAAUUGACAAUAACUAAAGUGCCAUUAGUGUAAACGGUUUUGUAAACUAUUUAAAUUAUUUGUGAGUUAAAUUAAGCAGAAGAAAGUGUAUUGUUUAGUAAGAAUUUAGGGAGAAGAAUGGAGGAAAUGACAUGGCUUGGGCGUGACAGUGACAACAUGCUAGAUAGUAAUGAACAAUGUGAGGUGAUGGCUCGGACGUCUCGAGCAAUGAGUGGUCUGGAUAAGUCCAGCCAUCUCCAAAAUGGAGUCCCAAAUCUGAUGUUUAAUAAGUCCGGAAAAUCCCGUCAAAUACCCGGAAGUUUGAAGGAUCCUGAGAUUUCAGAGUUAUUUGUCCGUGAUGAUCCAGACAAAAUAUUUGAAGACCUUCGGGAAAUUGGUCAUGGUUCCUUCGGUGCUGUCUAUUUUGCUCGCAAUAAGGAGACCAAAGAGAUUGUAGCCAUUAAAAAGAUGUCUUACACUGGAAAACAAUCGUUGGACAAGUGGCAAGAUAUUCUUAAAGAAAUUCGCUUCCUCAGGCAACUCAAACAUGCAAAUACAAUUGAUUACAAAGGCUGCUACCUCAAGGAACACACCGCAUGGUUGGUGAUGGAGUAUUGUUUGGGAUCAGCGUCUGACAUUAUCGAAGUUCACAAAAGGCCUUUGAAAGAAGAUGAGAUUUCUGCAAUUUGUGAGGGAGUUCUUCGGGGUCUUGUCCACCUUCAUGCCUUGGGUAGAAUUCAUCGUGACGUUAAGGCUGGAAAUAUUUUAUUGACCGAAAAUGGAACAGUAAAAUUGGCAGAUUUUGGAUCCGCUUCGAUUCAAUGUCCGGCUAACAGCUUUGUUGGGACGCCCUAUUGGAUGGCACCAGAAGUUAUUUUGGCAAUGGACGAAGGACAGUACGACGGGAAAGUAGAUGUCUGGUCCUUGGGAAUUACCUGCAUUGAACUUGCUGAGCGGAAGCCCCCAUAUUUUAAUAUGAAUGCAAUGAGUGCCUUGUAUCACAUUGCACAGAAUGACAGCCCAAUGUUGCAAACUGCUGUGUCCAACUGGUCAGACACAUUUAAAAAGUUUGUAGAAUUGUGUCUCAAAAAGAACCCAAUGGAAAGACUAGCAUCCCACAAAUUGUUGAUGCAUCCCUUCAUCACUCGCCCCAAAUCCAGUCAUGUUCUGACAGAUUUGAUUAGUCGUACGAAGGCUGCUGUCCGUGACCUAGACAACCUUAACUAUAGAAAAAUGAAGAAAAUAUUAAUGGCAGACUCAUGUGAAACUGAUAGUCAACUAGGCGAGGGCGACGGGAGUGAGGAUAUUCCCGGAGGGGAUAGCAGUAAAAGCAACAGUAUCACUUCUGAACAAAGUAUCCAGUCAGUUGGUGUGUCUGCAUCUUCACAGUCUUCUUCAACAAAUUCCAUCCCUAUAAUGCAUGAACACGAUGACCCCAAUCAUUUCUCUCCCAUUUCAAUAAGACCCCCCAGGAAUCGUACCUCCUAUGCAUCGUAUACCUCUUCCAUGGAAAGAGUACCCAACAAUUUCGCAACCAUACGUACUACGUCAAUUGUAACAAAACAGCAAAAGGAACAUAUGCAAGAGGAUAUGUAUGAGCAAAUGAGUGGCUACAAGAGAAUGAGAAGAGAACAUCAAAGCGCUUUACUGAAGUUGGAGGAAAAGUGUAGAUUAGAGAUGGAAAAUCAUCGGAAAAUGCUUGAUAGUGAAUACGAGAACCUCUUGCAACAAUUUUCCAAAGAAUUGGAAAAACUGCAAGCACGUCACCAGCAAGAAUUGGAUAGAAAGCUAAAGCAAAAUUGUAGCGCAGAGAAACGAUUGACGAAGGAAAUAACGGCAAGACAAGAACAGGAAAGAAAGAGUUUUGAGCUACACAAGCGGAAAGAGUAUAAACAAAAUAAGGAACGUUGGAAGAGGGAACUUAGUCAGGAUGAGUCAACUCCUAAACGUCAACGUGAAGCCACCUUGCAGAGCCAAAAAGAUAACCUGAAAUACCAAGAACAGCAAGAGGAACAACGAAUGCUUCGUAAUCAAAAAGACUAUUUGGACUUGGAAGUACGAAAAUUUAGGAGACGAAAGCUGAUUGCUUAUCAUCAAUUAGAGCAAGACCUCCUCCGAGAGGAAUUGAAUAAACGUCAGCAGCAGUUAGAACAAGCUCAUAAUGUGUUGAUCAAACAACACGAGCUGACCCAAGAAUUAGAAUAUAGUCAGCAAAGGGCAGUGCAUCAACUAAGGGAGGAUCAAGUUCGAAAGUUGCAUCAUAGUGAGCUGCAAAAUCAGCACGAAUACAUGAAACGAGCUGAAGUAGAAUUAAAAAAGAAGCACGCUUUAGAGCUGAAGCAGCAACCAAAAAGUCUGAAGCAAAAAGAAGUCCAAAUCCGAAAGCAGUUUCGCGACACAUGUAAAAUUCAAACUGUUCAGUAUAAAGCACUUAAAAUUCAAAUACUUCAAACAACGCCGAAAGAAGAGCAAAAGGUAGUAAUUAAGAAAUUGAAGGAAGAACAACGACGGAAAUUAGCUCUCUUGGGGGAGCAAUACGAGCAAAGUAUUGCAGAAAUGCUUCAAAAACAAUCGAUUCGACUCGAUGAAUCGCAAGAAGUCGAAGCGCAACAGUUAAAAGAGAAACUUGAAAGAGAGCUCGAAAUUUUGAUUGCAUAUCAAUCAAAAAAUAAGAUGCAGGCCGAAGCGCAGCGAGACCGUGAAAGGAAGGAGCUGUCCGAACGUGUUUCCAUACGCAGAUCAUUGUUGGAGCAAAAGAUGCGAGAAGAGCUUCAGCAAUUUGCCAGCGAGAGAGCAGAAAGAAUUCGGCUGCUUCAAGAAAGACAAAUGCGUGAACUUGAGCAAUUUGAUGAGGAGUCCACUCGACGCGGAUUUAGUGCACUUGCACUCACGGAACCGUCAAGGGAAGUCUACCAUGAGGAUGACUCAAAAGCCGGAAGUAUGCUGAGUCUAGUGCAUAGUAAUAGUUCCACCUCCGUCGGCCCUAAUAGUCUAUAAAACUAGUAAUCAUCCAUUUAAAGAAUAUGAUCCACUAUCCCCAAAAGAAGUCUUACUAGUUAAUGACUAAUGUACCACUAUGAUUCAUAAUGUUAUGUAAAUUAUUAUUAAUAAUACUUGUUAACUAUAAAUUAAAUAUGAUAUAUAAGAAUAGAUUAGUACACAAAUUUGUGUUUACGAAUACUACUUUUCAAAGUUGAUGGAUUGCAGCAUAAUUUUAAUAAACCGACUUACAAAAAA